AUGACCACCCCAAACAAACCCUCACAGGAAAGAGACUCCCGCGAGCUCAAAGAUGAAAUGACCCAAGCCCUCCUCAAAGGCCCAGCAAGAGCAAAAUACGACCAAAUCCCCGCCCGCAACUUCCUGCUCCCUUUCCUCGACACCGUCACCAUAACCACCGCCACGCGCCUCUCCCCCACCAAAUCCCACUGCACCUUCCGCUUCGCCGUCCUUCCCGAGUUCCUCAACCCAAUGGGCACACUGCACGCCGGAGCGACGUCUGCGUUUUUCGAGUGUGCGACGACGUGGACGCUGUGGCCGGUUGCGAGACAGCCGGAUUUCUGGCCGAGUUUGGGGGUUUGUCGGACGAUUGGGUUUGUGUAUUUGAGGCCGGUGGGCGUCGGGGAGUGGUGUUUGAUGGAGUGUGAGACUGUCCAUGUAGGAAAGAGGAUUGCCCUGGUGAAAGGGGAAUUGAAACGGGAGAAGGACGGUGCGGUGCUGGUCACCUGCGAACAUAACAAGGUCAAUGUCGACGCUGAUUCGAAAAUGUGA